AUGAAUCUGCCGAGCACGAUCAGUGUCAGCAGCAGUUUGGAGCCGGGCGACGCCGUCUUUACCGUACGCACCAACAAUGACGCCGUCAACGCCGUCACGUUAGCGUCAGCGUCACAGUUCUUCUCACAGGACACCACAAAUGAUGGUCUGCUGUCAGUCGAAACAUGUAUGGGGUCCAGUCUCGGAGACGUAACGGAGGUGUUGACGUUCACGGCCACGGACGGAACACAGACGGCCACCGCCACGCUCACCGUCAACAUUGUUGACACGGUCCCGAUAAUGCACAACGUCCCAGCCACAACGUGGAAGCUGACCACAUCGGAACGUAAUGGUCUGCAGGAACUGUACGUUAUUGACGUGUCUAACGGCUGUGACAUUGUCGAUUGCGUGGUGACGUCAGUCGUAUCCGACACGAACGCUAACGUCUUUGUGCAACAAGGAACAAUGAUCGUAGCUGACGUACGAAUGCUAAAACAGCCAACUUCCGCUGAAAUAUCCGUGGACUGCGGCGGCGCAACAGGGACAAUUUACCUUGGCGUUUCUAUAACAACCCCACCACCAACGACAACCACAAGCAGCACAACAGUGACAACGCCAACAACUACAACUUCUCAAACAACUACAACGCCAAUGACAGCGCCAACUACAGAGCCAACAACAACUACAACGCCAACUACAACUACAAAUCCAACAACAAUUCCAACGCCAACUACAACAGCAACUACAACGCCAAUGACAGCGCCAACUACAGAGCCAACAACAACUACAACGCCAACUACAACUACAAAGCCAAUAACAACAAUUCCAACGCCAACUACAACAGCAACUACAACGCCAAUGACAGCGCCAACUACAGAGCCAACAACAACUACAACGCCAAUAACAACUACAACGCCAACAACAACUACAACGCCAACAACAACUACAACGCCAACAACAACUAUAACGCCAACAACAACUACAACACCAACAACAACUACAACGCCAACAACAACUACAAAGCCAAUAACAACAAUUCCAACGCCAACUACAACAGCAACUACAACGCCAACUACAGCUAAAACGCCAACUACAACAACAACAACAAAUACAACGCCAACAACAACUCCAACAGCAACUACAACGCCAACUACAACUACAAUGUCAACUACAACUACAACGCCAACAACAACAACGCCAACAACAACUGCAACACCAGCAACAACAACUACGCCAACUAUAACUCCAUCGAUUACAACAGCAACAACUACAGCCACUACAAGGCCAACUACAACCAUGACGUCAACUACAACGCAAACAACAACAACUACGCCAACAACAACACCAACUACAAACACAACGCCAACUGUAACUACAACGCAAUCUACAACGCCAACAAUAACUACAACGCCAACUACAACGCCAACUACAACGCCAACUACAACUCCAACGCUAACUACAACAACAACAACAACAACAACAACAACUACAAUCACUACAACGCCAAUUACAACGCCAACAACAACUACAACGCCAUCUACUACCACAGUGCUUACGUCAACUACAACGCCAACUACAAUAACACCAACUACAACUACAACGCAAGCUACAACUACUACGCAAACUACAACUACAACGCCAACAACAACUACAACGACAACUACAACGCCAACUACAACGCCAACGCCAACUACAACAUCAACGCUAACUACAGCUUCAACACCAACUACAACUACAACGCCAACUACAGCGCCAACUACAAUUUCAACGCUAACUUCAAUUACAAAGCAAACAACAACUACAACGCCGAUUACAACUACACCAACAACAACUACAACGCCAACUUCACCUCCAAGGACAACUACAACUUCAACGCAAACAACAACUACAAAGCCGAUUACAACUACAACGCCAACUACAACUCCAACGCCAAUUACAACAACAACUACAACUUCAACGCCAACAACAACUACAACGCCAACUAUAACCACAACACCGACUACUAGUUUAACGCCAACAACAUCUACAACGCCAACAACAAUAACAACGCUAACUACAACUUUAACGCCAACAAUAACUGCAACACCAGCAACAUCAGCAACAACAACUACAUUGCCAACUACAACCACAAUGCCAACUACAACCACAACGCCAACUGCAGCGCCAACUACAACCAUGACGUCAACUACAACGCCAGCAACAACUACAUCGCCAACAACAACACCAACUACAACCACAACGCAAAAUUCAACAACAACGCAAUCUACAACGCCAACAAUAACUACAACACCAACAACAACUACAACGCCAACUACAACUACAACUACAACUCCAGCGCUAACUACAACAACAACAACUACAUUCACUACAAUGCCAACUAAAACACCAACUACAACUACAACGCCAACAACAGCUACUACGCCAACUACAACUACAACGCCAACAACAACUACAACGCCAACUACUACUACAGCUUCAACGUCAACUACAACGCCAACUACAAUAACACCAACUACAACUACAAUGCAAACUACAACUACUACGCCAACAACAACUACAACGACAACUACAUCGCCAACUUCAACCACUACCCCAACUACAACUUCAAUGUCAACUACAACUACAGCGCCAACUACAACUAAAACACCAACUACAACUACAACGCCAACUACUACUACAGCGCUAACGUCAACUACAACGCCAAGUCCAAUAACACCAACUACAACUACAACGCCAACUACAACUUCAAUGUCAACUACAACUUCAAUGUCAACUACAACUACAACGACAACUACAUCGCCAACUACAACUACAACUACAACGCCAACGCCAACUUCAACGCAAACAACAACUACAACGCCGAUUACAACUUCAACGCCAAAAGCCACUACAACGCAAACUACAACUACAACGCCAACUUCUACUACAACGCCAACAACAAGUACGACUGCAAGCACAAUGUCAACUACUAUUGUAACAUCUUCAAAUGCUAUUAUUACAUUGCCAAUAACAACUACAGAAGUCACUGCAUCACCAAGAGCUACUACAACACCAACCAUUGCAACAACUACUACAACAAAAACAACACUAAAUACGACUAAAAUGGCUACUCCUGUUACAACGGCAACUUCAAAUUUUUCACAAACCAAUACUUCUGCGCUUAUUUCUUCCACAACAUUUAUGACUCUUGCACAAUUUGAUGAGGAACCAGACGUUCAAAACGUAAAGGAGGAGGAGUCCUCAGGGUUCUUUGACAGUCCAUGGGUUAUUGCGGGGCUGGCUUUGAUACCUGUAGUGUUGGGCGGGGCGGGGCUCGCUCUCUGUCUUGCCAGGAGGCUUGGAGCACACGGGCUGAAGAAGGUGGCUGCUGCAAGACGAAGACGAGACAGCGAGGACGAGGAGGAGGAUAUAGACGGUGUUCAGGAGGAGGCGCCACGGCCAUCCACCGAAAGGCGGUUCAGCAUCUUCUCGUGCCGAGGUAGCGCCCAGCUGGCGCCCAGUUCAAGGACAUUCACGGCCAUGACACAUCCAGAUGACCACAGUCUUACACCCGUCGAACUGACUGGGAUGCGGUUCGUAUGA